UGGGGAUCCCUGUAUAAAUGCCUGGACCAGGUGAAGCUUGGCUUUUACUCUCUCAAGGGAGCACAAGCUCACAAGUCUCCUCUCCAGCUCUCCUAGGGUUACAGCUGUCUGAGUGAACAUGUGUGACGAGGAGGAGACCACUGCCCUGGUAUGUGACAAUGGCUCCGGCCUGGUUAAGGCAGGCUUUGCCGGCGAUGAUGCCCCCAGGGCUGUUUUUCCUUCCAUCGUAGGCCGCCCUCGCCACCAGGGUGUUAUGGUGGGUAUGGGUCAAAAGGACAGCUACGUGGGGGACGAGGCCCAGAGCAAGAGGGGUAUACUCACCCUGAAGUACCCCAUUGAGCACGGCAUCAUUACCAACUGGGAUGACAUGGAAAAGAUCUGGCAUCACACGUUCUACAACGAGCUGCGUGUGGCCCCAGAGGAACACCCUGUCCUGCUGACAGAAGCCCCACUGAACCCCAAGGCCAACAGGGAGAAAAUGACCCAGAUUAUGUUUGAAACCUUCAAUGUGCCUGCCAUGUAUGUGGCCAUACAGGCUGUUCUCUCCCUGUAUGCCUCUGGCCGUACCACUGGUAUUGUACUGGAUGCCGGGGAUGGUGUGACCCACAACGUGCCAGUAUACGAAGGCUACGCCUUACCCCACGCCAUCAUGAGACUGGACCUCGCGGGUCGCGACCUGACCGACUACCUCAUGAAGAUCCUGACUGAGAGAGGCUACUCAUUUGUUACAACUGCUGAGCGUGAGAUUGUGCGUGACAUCAAGGAGAAGCUGUGCUACGUGGCCCUGGACUUCGAAAAUGAGAUGGCCACCGCCGCCUCCUCCUCCUCCCUAGAGAAGAGCUACGAGCUGCCUGACGGUCAGGUCAUCACCAUCGGCAACGAGAGGUUCCGCUGCCCCGAGACGCUCUUCCAGCCUUCUUUCAUCGGAAUGGAGUCCGCUGGCAUUCAUGAAACCACGUACAACGGCAUCAUGAAGUGUGACAUUGACAUUCGCAAGGACCUGUACGCCAACAAUGUGCUCUCGGGUGGUACCACCAUGUACCCUGGUAUUGGUGACCGCAUGCAGAAGGAGAUCACUGCUUUAGCUCCCAGCACCAUGAAAAUCAAGAUGAUUGCGCCGCCUGAACGUAAGUAUUCAGUGUGGAUUGGCGGCUCCAUCCUGGCCUCCCUUUCCACUUUCCAGCAAAUGUGGAUCAGCAAAGAUGAGUACGAGGAGGCUGGGCCCUCCAUCGUUCACCGGAAGUGCUUCUAAAUCUUCAGGCUUUCCUCUCCUCACAUCUUUGCUCCAACUUGGUCUGUCCCUCUCUGUCACUGCUAUGGGCUUCAAAGAUGGCUGCCAACUGCCCAACACUAUAUACCUGUCAACAGCUGUUGUCCCAGAGUCUCAUAUUCUGUUUCAUGUGCCCUGCGCAAUAAAUCUCCAGUGUAA